AUGAUCGACUCCCCCGCUCGGACCCCGCGCCCCCCUCCGCCUGCACCUCGCGGGAAGCGGGUGGUCAAGGAGAGCGGGGAGGAGUCGGAGGUCAGCGGGCUCGACAUCCCAUCCUCCGACGACGAGGCGGGCCGGGUCGACGGGACCCGAGCGGUCAUCCCAGUGGCGGACGAGGAUGAUGAAGACGACGACGCGCCCCUGAUCUUACGGAGGUCAAGUGUGCCUGCGGCGGCGGCCACUGGUGCCGCAGCGGCCUCGGCGGCGCCCGGGGUUGCGGCAACCACCCGGGCGCCCACGGCCCCGCCUAAGCGGGGGCUCUUUCGGGAGUUCGAGUUCAAGCUCAAUCCCCCAAAGGACGGCACCCUGUCAGGAGCCGGCAAGUGGGGGAGAGCCGACUCGCCACCCGCCGCGCCGAGCAAGAGGACGCGCCUCCGGGCCGGCAUGUGUGCCGGCAGCGCCGCCAUUGCACCCACCGCCGACCCAAUUCCAGUGGAGGAGGAGCCGGCAGCAGUCCCGACGGUGCCCGCGGCGGGGGCAGGCGCCGUGGUGGUUGACCUCGGCUCUGACGCCGAGGGUGCGCCCAGCUCGGUGGCGGCGCCCGCCGUUGCGUCCGAGGUGCAGCCCGGCAGCGCGUCCCGGGCCGUGCAGACCGGGUUCGCGGAUCCCGCGGUCGCCCCGCAGGAGGCGCCUCCUGUCAGGGAGACGGCAUCUCCUCCAUCCCCGCAACCUGUGGGCGCGGGUGUGGAGGAGGUUGCGGCAGGGGAGUGA